AUGUCAUUCGCAGACGACCGACUUUGCCCGGUCUGCUCCCAGCUCGACCUGCAGAAGGUUUUUGACGCAGCCCGGUUCCAGGGCCUCCCGAGAGUCAAUACCCCCGAGAGAUUCAAAACCAACUGGACCGAAUACAUCCAACAUGUCGGUGACUGGCGGCCGCCCCUCGAACGGCUUGAGCAGUAUGCCCCGGGCUUGAUGCCGAGCUGCCCUUUCUGCGAGGUAGUCCUUGGCCUUCUCCACGUCAUCAGCCGCUUCACGCGAGAGACUGGCAGAGUCAUCCUGGCCAUCCCGGCGGACAUCCUGUACGACGUCCAUGUGGCGAAUGGCCAACCGGCCACUGACGUCGUCGCUCCCGCCUCCGUCUUCCUGCUCAUCAUGAGCCCUUCCCAGUUUGCCCAGACCGCGGCCCUGCACUUUGGCAACCCCCAGGCCGUGGGAGGCCUGAACGCCUGGGUCCGGUUCGCGCAUCGGGAGUACCCCGGGACCCUCGUUUCCGUCCUGUCGGACUCCAUCGUGGAGCCGCCUCAGCCGCUUCUGGAGUUGUCAAUGCAGGGGCGAAGAAUCUUCGAAGAGCGGAUCGACUACGGACUUGUUCGAUCGUGGAUCCAUCUCUGCGAGAGCCAGCACGAUACGUGCCGUGCGACUACCGAGUGGAAGCCCAUUCCCCACUUCAAGCUCAUCGACUGCGAGUCUCGUCUCAUCGUCAGCGCAGACUCCUUGGACCAGAGGUUCCGUUACGUCGCGCUCAGCUACGUCUGGGGAAGCGCGCCCCCGGAAAAGUACACAUACCCGCGUCUCCCCGACGACCUGCCGCCCGUCGUCCUGGACGCUAUGCGUGUGACCAUGAAGCUUGGGUUCCGCUACCUCUGGGUCGAUCGCUACUGCAUAUGGCAGCAGGACACGACGCACAAGAUGAGCCAGGUGGAAAGGAUGGAUCAAAUCUACGGGGACGCGGAGCUCACCGUCAUCGCCGUCGGCGCCAGGGACCCCAGCUACGGGCUACCCGGCCUGACCCUGAGCCGGACGCAGCAUGCCCCGAUCACCAAGCGCGUCGGCGAGCGGAAGCUCGUCGCCAACUUCAGCCACCACUGGCAGCUGGACCAGAUCACGAGGUCCAGGUGGGCCACGCGAGGGUGGACGUUCCAGGAGACGUGUCUGUCCAGGAGGAGGCUCUACUUCUCCGGCUACGAGGUCUCCUUCGAGUGCCGCGACAUGAUGUGCUUCGAGCACCUCACCCGGCCCCUGGCGUACCGGGGGAGUUUGGAACACCAUGAGAGGCCCGAGUGGAACCACGUCAACAGCCCGCACGGCGUCUGGGCCAUCAUCCAGAAAUACUGCGAUCGCCAGCUCACCUUCUCCAGCGACCGGCUCGCCGCGGUAUCCGGGGUCUUGAGGAAGUGGUCGAGGGUCAACCCGGGCUGCUCAUCGUACUGGGGCGUCCCCAUGGUAGCCUCGGAUUGGCAGCGUCUGGACGCCGACUCCCUGAAGCGAGCUUUUCUUGCCGGGCUGGAGUGGGAAGUCCGCUCGGUCGUCAAGAACGCCGCCAGGCUUACGGACUUCCCGAGUUGGUCGUGGGUCUCCCAGAACGGGAGGACGCUGUUCGGCCACAAGGGCUACUUCCACUUACGGCCCCCCGACUUGGUGGGGAGUACAAGGAACAUGGACGCUGAAGUAUGGAUAGAAAUACCCGACGGCAGCGUCGUGGAUUGGGCCACCUUUUGCGAGGGCGGCGGUCUUGACCUGUCAUUUACGCGGUGGACUCGAUACCUACACAUCGACUGUUGGACGUUCCAGACGAGGCCCCUCUGCCACCGGCAGCUCAAGCGGAUGUCGGGCACGGCUCACGACGACCUCCUCUACGUGCCGACCCCCGAUUACCCGCAUGACGGGUCGCGAAUCCUUGCCUUGAAGUUCACGCCGGACUUUGGGUAUCAGAACCGGGCUACGAGCUUCAUCGGCCGAGAGUUCACGGCGGCGUCCUUUGCUCCGCUGGAGCAUACCACGUUCGCCAUUGUUCUUGAGACGGUCCCGGGUUUGACCGUGCGGAUGGGGACCUUGGGAUUUGUCGCGAUCGCCGACCUGGGCUCGCACGAGUCCCAGACGCCCGAGGACUGCCCCUUUCACAUGGCUCGAUUUACUGCGAAGAGGUGUCGGAUUCGGCUGGGAUAA